GAAGUGGAGCGACUGCAGUGGUGCAGGCAGCCUUCUGCGCUCCAAAGAAGGAGAAGGUGGCAAUUAAACGGAUCAAUCUUGAGAAGUGUCAGACAAGCAUGGAUGAACUCCUGAAAGAAAUUCAAGCCAUGAGUCAGUGCCAUCACCCCAACAUUGUAUCUUACUACACAUCGUUCGUGGUGAAAGAUGAGCUUUGGCUGGUGAUGAAGUUACUUAGUGGAGGCUCUGUUUUGGAUAUUAUAAAGCACAUUGUGGCCAAAGGAGAACACAAGACUGGUGUCCUGGAUGAACCCUGUAUAGCCACAAUCCUUAAGGAGGUGCUGGAGGGGCUGGACUACCUGCAUAAAAAUGGACAAAUCCACAGGGAUGUGAAAGCAGGAAAUAUUCUUCUUGGAGAAGAUGGCUCAGUGCAAAUUGCAGAUUUUGGUGUUAGCGCAUUUCUGGCCACUGGUGGUGACAUUACCAGGAAUAAAGUCAGGAAGACUUUUGUGGGCACACCUUGCUGGAUGGCACCAGAAGUUAUGGAACAGGUCAGAGGAUACGAUUUCAAGGCAGACAUCUGGAGCUUUGGGAUCACUGCUAUCGAACUGGCUACAGGGGCAGCUCCUUACCAUAAAUAUCCACCGAUGAAGGUUUUAAUGCUGACACUACAGAAUGAUCCUCCAUCCUUGGAAACUGGUGUGCAAGACAAGGAGAUGCUGAAGAAGUAUGGGAAAUCAUUUAGGAAGAUGAUUUCAUCAUGCCUACAAAAAGACCCUGAAAAAAGACCGACAGCAGCAGAACUCUUAAGACACAAAUUUUUCACGAAAGCAAAGAAUAAAGAAUUUUUACAAGAGAAGAUGUUGCAGAGAGCACCAACAAUCACUGAGAGAUCCAAAAAGGUCCGGAGAGUCCCAGGUUCCAGUGGACGUCUUCAUAAGACUGAAGAUGGUGGCUGGGAAUGGAGUGAUGAUGAACUAGAUGAAGAAAGUGAGGAAGGCAGAGCAGCAAUUUCACAGCUCAGGUCUCCCAGAGUGAAAGAACCUGUACAGAAUUCUGAGCUAUUCCCAUCAGCUGAGCCUCCAGGUCCUUCACUCAAUGCUCCAGCACAGACACCUACUCAACUACCUCAGGCUGCAGGACAAGUACCUGCACAACCUCAAACUGCUGUACCUCCACCUAGACAGGCUCCUCCAGCAGCCCCAGCAGCAGCCCAGGCCCCACCUGCCCCUGCUGCAGCUCCGGUACAGGAAGAUACGAAAGUCCCCAUCAGCCUUGUACUAAGGUUGAGGAAUUCAAAAAAAGAGCUCAACGAUAUUCGAUUUGAAUUUACCCCAGGGAGAGAUACUGCUGACGGUGUGUCUCAAGAACUCAUUUCAGCAGGUCUUGUUGAUGGCAGAGAUCUUGUAAUAGUUGCAGCUAAUUUGCAGAAAAUUGUGGAAGAGCCCCAAACCAACAGAUCCGUCACUUUCAAACUGGCAUCUGGUGUUGAAGGCUCAGAUAUUCCUGAUGACGGCAAACUUAUAGGAUUUGCACAGCUCAGCAUCAGCUAAACAAUGGUCCCAGGAGAUGUUUCCCAACUGAGAACCCACAUGUGCAUAUUCGUAAUGCUUCUGUUAGCCUAAAAGAAAAAAAAAACCACUACUGCCAAAGAAUUGAACUACAGCCCCCUUCCUAGAAGCUUUAACAUUUUCCUUAAUAGGAUCACAAACCUUCUGAAAUUACCGAUGGCGUUUACACCUUUUGUAAACAACUCAUGUUUUUGUAUCUGUCAUCUCAAACAUGCAGAUCCAACAUGUCAUUGCCUGCAUGUUCAUUUUAUUAUUGCCUUACUUUAAAGAAAAAUACUACUGAGUACGAAGCAGGGGGUUCCACUGCUCUGAUCUUGCCUAAAUGUUUGCUUACAUGUGGUUUCAUUUUUUUUCACUUGCUAUUUUUGCACAAGUUUUAAUACUGAAUGGAUUUUUUUUUUUUUUGUCCUUUACCUGCUCCUCCUAUCUGAAACACCAAUGUACAUGUUGUUUGGGUCACCUGGAGUGCUGAGAAAUCUGCUUCUCUUCGGCUGUGUGUUUUUAAAACUGCUGGUUUGAAUGCUUGCACCUGAGAAAGCAAGCCAAGUCUUAACCCAUGGGAGGGAGAGCCGCCUUCCCUUGUGUUUGUGUUUUUGAGAAGUUCCUUGACUUUGAGGUGUUAGAAGUCAGCUUCCCUUUGUAAACUGC